AUGGCAGAGAGCACUCUUCAAGACCGAUUGCGAGAGCAUGCAGAGGCAUUUGAUGGAUUGCUUUCCCUGAUUCCGGCGAAAUAUUACUAUGCCGAAGAUACCACUGAUCAAUGGAAAAAGAAGAAGCAAACUAAGCAAGAAGCUGCUGCGGCACGACGCGCAAAGCUUGACCCAGAUUCUGCAAAGACCGCAAAAGAUGUCAUGGAUGAGCGAGCAAAGAAGAGGAAAUUGGAAGAGUCUGAGGAUAUGGAGGAUGGAUCCGAGGUCGAGGGUAUCGAAAAAGAAUUACCGAAACAAGGAUUGAAAAAGGCAGUGGAGAAGUCAGCAAAGAAACUGAAAACCGAUACCGAAUCUACCAAAGCGACACCCAAAUCUGCGGCCCUGAAAGGCUCAACAGCCAAAAAAGAUCAGAACCCCGAGGAAGAGGCAGCAAGAUUAGAAAAAAGGAAUCAGAAGGAAGAACAGAAAAAGGCAAAGGUAGCUAAGAAGACAGCCAAACAGAAGACGAAGAAGGAGGAAGCCGCCAAACAAGUCGUUGAAUUACCAACGGAAGAUAUUCCUGCCAGUGAGUUGACCACAAAGGAUAAAGUGGCCGAUGAAGACCUUAGCAAAGAAGCUUCCACUACCAAAGUCCCUACUAAGAAGUCCAGCGAGCAUGAAAUCGCGGCAGACGAGGAACCAGAACAAGAUGCCGAAAUCGGACAUUUUGAAGCUGAAGGUCUAGAGGAGCCUGAAUCCUCAAAAUCCUCGCCGCCCUCAUCUACUUUCUCAGCACCCAACGAAGACGCAACUAGCGGAGGUACAUCUACAUCCUCUACUAUACCUCCCACCACCACUCCCAAGCACAUUACCCUCCCAGCCGACCCCGAAAUUCUCCGUUCCAGAUUAGCAGCUCGCAUCGAAGCUCUACGAGCCGCACGCAAAGCAUCCAACCCUGACGGUACUCCCGUCCGCAACCGUCAGGAACUCAUGGAACAACGUCGCAAGAAGGAAGAGCAACGACGAGCCCACAAGAAAGAACUCCGCCUUCAAGCCAAGAUUGAUGAAGAAGCUCGACGAGAAGUCGCUUUAGUAUCAGCAAGAAGUAGUCCGGCUGGAAGUUUACUCAGCCCUCUAAUUCGCUCCCCUGAAAAUAAUUUUGCAUUUGGAAGAGUCGCUUUCGGGGAUGGACAAGGUCUUAACGAAGACCUAACUGAACUGAAAUCGAUACCAAAGAAGAAGGGGCCACAAGAUGUCAACAGUGCACUAGCCGCAGCAGCCAAGAAACAAUCUCGAUUAGAAGGCAUGGACACUGACAAGCGCGAAGGCAUUGAGGAGAAAGAACGUUGGUUAAUAGCGAAAAAGCGUGUAAACGGCGAGAAAGUCCGAGACGACAGAUCAUUACUGAAGAAAACCCUUAAGAGAAAAGAAAGUCAAAAGAAGAAGAGCGCGAAGGAGUGGGGUGAGAGGAUAGACGGAGUCAAGAAGGUGGGAGCCAUGAAACAAAAGAAGAGGGAGGAGAAUUUAAAGACUAGGAGAGAAGGGAAGGGUGGCAAGGGGAAGAAGGGAGGAAAGGGUGGAAAGCCAGCGGGAGGUGCAACAAAAAAGAAGAGUCGGCCGGGUUUUGAGGGUAGUUUUGGGGGCGGAGGGAAGAAAAAGUAA